AUGACUGCUUUAUUAGUUAGGAUCGAAAAUCAGAAAGUAACUUUCUUAGUCAAUUACUUUUUGAUCCUUGAAAAAGCCGCCCAAAAAGCCCAGAUUGACGCGUAUAAGAAGGGAAUGUUCGACACUCUUCCUCCUUGCUACACAACUGACUUCAUGAAACUAACGAUCGAAGGAACAAUUUCGCCGAUGGAGAAUAUUGAGCUUCUACGAAAAUACGGAUACCCCGAUGAUUCUAGCCCAGUUCCACCACCUCCAUCCGGUGGCCCUUCAAGUCAGAUUACCGACGCCGUAGCGAAUCAGUUGCAAUUACAAACACAGCAAACAACCACCUCAGAAACGUGA